GUCCUUCACCGGCUUUUGUACCACAACCAGGAAACGACUGGUUACUUGGCACCAUCACUGGUUACUGGUCUUCGAGUUAUUUUCUUCAUUCCGCUUACCUGUCGUCGGUUAUAUUGCUCAUCGAAAUGAAAAAAAGAUCUAACGCCGCACCCGGUGCUGAUCGAAAGGCAACAGAAGAUGGACAAUGCAGCAAAGCGGAGGUUAAAAGCAAACUUUCUCACAGCUCCGUGCUUAUCAACAUUGGAAAGUGUUUGCUUUUAAUCAUCAUCAUCCCUCCAUUCCUCAACUAUGCAUCGCUGCAAAGAGAAGGACAGAUGCUGCUGCCAAAAGAUGGCCAGAUUGUAGACGUUGGCUUGGGUCAAAGGAUGCAUCUCUUGUGUAAAGGACAGGGGAAACCAGUUGUUAUAUUAGAUGCACCAACUGGAAUGUCCUCAGACAUUUGGUUUUAUGUCCAAGAGAGCGUUGCCACAUUAACAAAGGUUUGUACCUACGACCGAAUGGGGCUGGGAUUCAGCAAGCGGCUGAUGAAGAAUGAAAGCACAGGGACUGAGAAGGGUUGGGGAAUUUCUACAACUGGACAGAUGGUGGAUGAUCUGCACCGUCUGUUGCUGGCUGCUGAGAUCACCAUGCCUUUGAUUCUGGUUGGCUCGGAGAUCGGCACGCUCAACAGCAGGUUCUACAGUCACAUUCACGACGUGCAAGUGACAGACCUGGUGUUGAUUGAUCCUAUCCCAGAGGACAUUUUUGAAGAGGAGCAGUGGAAAGAGUACUGGUAUGGUAAGCUGCUGCCAUCCCUUCAAGCCAAGCAGUUUUCAGCAGCUUCCGGGCUGAGCCGUUUGCUGAUUAUCCUGGGAGCCAUUGAACCAACUAUCAAAGAAAAUGUCUCUGAGGAGAUCAUCCAGAGGCAGAAAUACAUUUUAAGCAACCCUGCCCAUCAGAGCAGUGCUGUGGAUGAAUAUUACUUUAUGAAUGAAAGUGCAGCUCAAGUAAGGGACAUUGUGCGAUAUAAGCCUCUGUCGAGCAGGACCUCUGUAAGCGUGAUCACUGGGGAUUCCUUUGACCAACAAAUCCCAAAUCACCUAAAUCAAAUGGUAUCCAGGCUUCAAAAGAAGUUUCUGGAGGAGUCCUACCCAUCCGUCGAUCACAUUCACAUAAAAGGAGUAGACCGUCGAAUGAUCUACAAGAAGCCAUCUGCCAUCAGCCACUACCUCAGGAAACUAGUCAGCCAGCGACAAGCCAAACAGCAAAGCCACUGACCCAUGGCCAAGAUUAAAAAAAAAAAAAACAGACUUGGGCAGAACCAGAUAUAUGAUGUUGUAUAAGUAACAUUCAAGAUAUAUUUUACCUCAAGAUCCUUGACAAAACCAGUGAGGUUUGUCAUGUAAUCAAUUUUAUUUUCCCCCCCCCAUCCCCCCAACAACAAUUUUUUGCUGCACUGCAAGCUUCAGUUGAGGAUAAAUAAUUGGAGGCUCUACAAGCUUAAUGAAAUAUUUGUACUCUGAACAUCCUUUUCUUAUUCCAGCUUCUCCACCUAAUUGACCAAUCGAAAGAUGCAGAAACUUUUUCGAUCUGCACAACUCAAAGGGAAGAACAAAAUCUUUUCAUGAGGGAAAGUGAAUUCAACAACUGAGAGCCUCUUCUCACUGGGGAUGUGGUUGUAUUCCAAAUCAACCAAAUACAUUCCAACUCAUGUUAAAUGGCAGUCAGCACACACCUGCUGCUGUAACCCCUGAAUGGGUAAAGAUUUUUUUUUGGUUGGCUUUUCCUGACAGUCACAUCUUACAACACUAGAUAUGGUCCACAGAGAGCUUCCACAGCAUCAGGGGAUCUCAUUUUUCAGUCAGCAGAAGGGUAUGAAAGAAUGUCUCAGGCAUUAAAUAUACAGUGGAACACACAAGACAGUCAUGAUCAAGAGGAGAAAAUAUGGCGCUAUGAACAAUGUCAGUAAAAUGUAUGCAGCAGGAAUUUCCAGCAAGCGCUUGCUGUUUAGUGCCCAUGACAACAAUCAUCAUUUUUUUUUCGGAGCUAAAGGGUAAGGGGUGUGGCAAUAUGAAAACCUUAUCUUACCUAAAAACAAAAAAACAGAAAUCUCCCAACGGUUAGAAAAAUGUCUCAUGGGCCAUUGAAACCAAGGUUGAACUGUGCUUCCAUACUUUCAAAGCACAGCUCAUAUCUACAGCGAAAUGUGGUGCUAUCAUUAUGCUUUGGGACCGAUUUCUUCAGUUGGACCUGCGGCCUGGGGCGUGCAGAGGACGGGGGCCAACGGGGAGACAUCCACAGCCCCUUCCCCCCCGCACCUCUCCAACAUCCUACUCUAGACAUACAGUAAAUUAUGUAAUUUGGUGCAUGGGGUUUGCCGAUCAAUAAUCUGCACAUUUAAUCUGCAAUGAUAGAGGGGCCAUAUACUUCAAGAAAGGUCUAUCCACACACAUUUCCCACCUGUUUAUGAAAAUAUUUCAAGGCAUGUGCCAGCUUGAAGUGUGUGGUUGGAACGAAAACCUCACUCAACCCGCUUUCUAGAAUGGUUUUGCGCUGAUCUGGUGACCCAGAAUUUUAGCUCAACGAUCAGCGUGCCCAAACCAAAGCUGUGGGUAUAAUACCUGAGAGGGGUGCACGCUGUCACAGGAAAAACGACAUUGCAUGUUGAAGGUCUUGCCCACCCACCCUUUGGUCGACAAAAAAAAAUUAAAAAACGAGCGUUUCGACUAUGCUUUGCAAGCACAUGCCUGCGGACUUGGUCAAAGUAGAGCAGUGGUGCCCAAACAUUUUGGACCCAAGAUCUACUUUUCGAUCAACCCGUUACGCACGCACUAACACACACACAUGCCAUGAUGAGCAACAACCAUAACGGGCCCUAAGAUGAACGAAACAUAAAAUGAGUUGAUGAGUUUGUUAAAAGGAAAUCACUGCCUACCUCAGUGGGAGACCUGAUGUGGAGGCAUGCGAACACUUUUGCAGCCUGUUCACUAUCGUAGCUCACAGGUACCCUUUUAAAAUGUUUCUCAGAUUGACAUUCUUUGCGAGUGCCAUUGGUGAAUUGUACACGAAAUGAACGUCGAGUGAUAAUAAUAAUCAUACUAUCAUAAAAGCCACAUUGCGAUAGCUCGAAUCGCAAACUUCAAUUGCAAACUGCUGAGCGCUAACUUCCGGUGAAGUAGGGCACCCGCCACCUUAAGUUAAAGGUGACCUGCUUUCUUUUAUUUUUUUACAUACUUUUUGUGAAAGUGAGAUUAAUAAGAUGGAUAGGGUGCAGCGUCUAUUAACACAAAAUAUAUAUUACUAACAUGCACAGAGACAUAAAAAUGUUUCUUCGUUUUGGGUUUUUUGUCGUUUUUAUUUUUAAUAAACACCUCUCGUGAUCGACUUUGGACCAGUCCACGAGGUACCUGUCGAUUGCGAUCGACGUAAUUAGCACCCCUGAGGAAGACGGAAUUAUAAAGCAGAGCUGGUCCAAAUCCCAGCCAGCGCUUGCACAAAACCGUUUGGCUUCUGCUUAAAAGCUAAUCAAUGUAAACGAAAGCCUACUAGAAGAAGUGAACCUAGUUUGGUGUUCAUCAGAUGCCCUCUCCAUGGAGGCAGCCUCACUCUGAACACAGGCACAUUCCCAGUUUGAAGAGGGUGAGGGUUAUGCAGCCACUUGGUCAGUUAUUUUGUUUUACUUGUCCAUGUAAAAAAAAAAAAGAAUAAUUGAGUUGUACAUGUUAUCGAUCACUUUUAUGGUGAAAAAAUAUUUUGUUUUUAUUCUUGGUGUAUCUGCAAAACAGCAUUGUUUUUAAUUUGGUCAGUGAGGGGUAUGAUAUUUAUAAGUUCCUUGAACUUAAGCAUGGUUCUUUUAAAUAUCAAUUGUUACUUUAUUUUGAAAUGGGUCAAUUCUGUUUUAAACAUAAUGCUAAAAAAAAAUGAUGCCACAAAAACUUGGCAUUUGAACAGGAGUGUACAGACUUUUUAUCUACUGAAUUACUACACUGAAUUCCUCUCAUCGUUUGGAUUCUUUUCUGCCAUCUGUCAUUUCAUUAGGUUUGAGUCAGAUGACAGCCAGGCAUAGACUUCCGAAAUGGAUAAUUGAAUUCACUAAUUUGAGAGUAAAUAUUGCACAUUUCUAUACUGCAAUGAUUUUGGAUGCAAUUUAAGCUAUAAAUGGAGUCCUUGCAAACAAAAGCUGAGGGUAAAAUGAAAAGCCGACAUCAGUAGUUCAUCCUGAGGAUUUAAGUUUAAUUAUGACACCACAUCAAAAUAAAAAAUUCCAACAGAUUUGGAAUUUAAUUCCAUCCAUAUACAUGCAUAGCAACAACAUUUUAAGAAACAUGUUCUCCCAUUAUCAGGACACUGGAAUGAUAAUCAGUAUUUCCACUGACCUCCCACCCAUGUUGUUUGUUAGCAAUAAACAUAAUUCUUUUGUUUUGUUUUUUUUUGUUUACCCCGCAGAGGGGUUACAAAUAAUUAUAUGCACAGUCCCCAUUUCAUAAUACUGCUUUUAGUAACGUUUCCCUCAUUUACAAAGUAUUGCAUUGAGAGCAAAUUUUCAAAAAGGGAGACCAAAGUGUAUCAUUCAACGGAAAUACAAGUACUAUACAAGAACGCUGCCAUCCUUAUGAAAACGUCCACAUCUGGCUUGAAGAAAAAAAGACAGACAAACAGCCACAUAGGAAUGCAAAGCCGCGGGUAUAUGCCAAAAUGUGAAACGCAUCGUUGUGCCUGUUGGUCACCGCCAAGUGGUGAACACUUGGUCAGUCGCAGUCUGCAAUCUACAUUUGGGGCAUAUACUGAAGUUGCUACAGCAAAUAAGAAUACACAAGUGCCUCAGUAGCUAGUUUUGUGUCUAAAAUGCAUCUCAUUUUUGUAUUGUUUCAUUGAGCCUACCUUACAAUGUAAACAAUGUGUGUGCUACACAAGAAUGACUAUACAAUAACAUUACAAACAACUCUGAUAGAAAUUUCAUUUGAAGUUAAAUUAAAAUCACGACCCAUUAAUACUGAUUGUGAAAUAAAUUAAUAUGAAAGUGGCACCGAUAGAA